AUGGUUGUCUGCAUCUUCUACCAACAAGGCCGAUGCAAAUUUGGCGAUCGAUGCAAGAACGAGCAUCCGGGUGCUCAGUCUGCGUCGCCAUUUGGGGGCAACCGUUUUGGCGUGUUCCAGCAAGCUGGAGGGUCAAGCGCGGGAUAUGCCUCAGGGGCUUUUGGAGGUGGACUCAAGGGCGACAUCAAGGAUAACAAGUACGGGCUGAAUCCCGAGGACAUAAAAUCAGACCUUACCCCUGGAAAAGGGAGGCCGGAAUGGAUCUUCUCAUGCUACGGGCCAGGAAAAAAUGCCCCAAGACAGCUUUUUGGAGGCCCUGAACGGGAGCAGAGUUUUGAGGAAAUGCGAGCGAUACAUUAUGCCGCCGCGGCAGCUGGAAACCCUCAACAAGCAAUGCAAGAUGCGAUGAAGCUCUACGCUGAGACAGAAGCUCAGAUGCAGACCAUCCUGAACGAUACUGAAGGGGCCAUCAGAUACAUUUUAGAGGGAGAGAACACUCACCCAAACCGUAUCGAUAUCAUUGAAGGGAAGAUGGGGCCCUCGUCAGCACCGUUCGGCCAGCCCUCUGCAUUCUCGAAACUUUCAACCACGGCGAUGGCAGCGCCGGCAUUCGGUCAAACGUCUGCAUUCGGCCUGUCAGGAGGGCAGUCGUCAGUCACGCCCUCACCUUUCGGCCAGUCUGCUGUGAUUGGACAGCAACCAACAUUCGGAAAGCCGUCAUUUGGUCAGCCUUCUGCCUUCGGCCAGCCAUCGGCAUUGGGAGGCUCGCAACCUACCCCUGCCUUUGGGCAGCCCUCCACACCAGCGCCAGCAUUUGGCCAGUCGCCCUUUGCCCAAACAGCACAACCACAAACUCAGUCGAACCCCUUUGGCAGAACAGCCCCCUCCUUUGCCCAGAUACAACCGCAAAACCACCAACAGCAACAGCCUAAUCCGUUUGGCCAGCCAUCAGCGCAGCCUUUACAGGCAUCACCAUUCGGUCAACUGCAGCCACAGCAACAAAAUGCAUUUGGCACACCACAGUCGCAACAGCAACAAACGCCCUUCGGCCAGGUCCAACCUCAACCUCAAAGUUCAUUUUCUCAGCCCUCCCCUUUCACACUAAGCGCCCCCGCUCAACCCACAACGCAACCAAACCCUUUCUCCGCCCCGCCAACAUCCUCCACACAAUCCACCAGCACUGGCACCGGCGCCGACAUUCCCCUCCCCCAAAAAGCAAAAUCACACCUCUCCCCGCUCCCUUUUCUCCAAGGCGAAACCCGCCGGGACCCCGUGACCAAAAAACUCAUCUCCUGGAAAGGCCAGGUCGUAAAAUACAUAAACGACGAACCUUGCUACCAACAUCCAAAUGAUGCGGGGACGUUUGUGCGCAUUUAUUUUCCCGAUGGCCCACCUCAGCCGGAGAUGCUGAGGGAUGCUGUGGGAAGGCCGGAGGAAUAUACGUCGGAAAUUGAGGCCGUUUACCGGGCUGUGAGGGAGAAGCGGGGGUUUGGGGAGGGGGUGCUUGUGCCGGAGGUCCCACCCAAGGCAGAGUGGUGUGGAUUUGAUUUUUAG